CCUCCAGGAGGGAUGAGCUGCCGGGUAACUGGAAAGAAGACCACGAAAAAAAUCUAAGAGAUAAAUAGGGACUGCAAGCAGACCAACUCAGGCAGGAGAUUGUGGUCACUGUCAGUUUGUGAGUGUGUGCGCCUUGGACUCCCACUCAGUGAUGUAAAGGUGGAUACUGGCAUGUGGAGGAGCAGGCAUAAAGGUGUGAAAGACAUACUGAAUUGAUGUGUGGAACAACAUAGUAGGAAGGGCCGGAUCGUGAUGGUGUUCUGGACCUAUAGAACCGUGCGAUGACAGUGGGCAACGUGGGUAAAAGAGUCAUGCGACACCCGACCCCGCACUACCACCUCUUCCUGGGUGGGGCCAUACUUCUACUCUUGGCCAGCUCGACAAUGAGCUGUCCCGCCCGAUGCGAGUGCUCUGCCCAGACUAAGUCGGUGAGCUGCCACCGCAGGCGUCUGAGCACCAUCCCCGAAGGCAUUCCAAUCGAGACUCGAGUCCUGGAUCUCAGCAAGAACAAGUUACGCAUAAUCACACCAGACAAUUUCUCUUCAUUCCAGCAGCUAGAGGACCUGGAUCUCAGCGACAACCUUAUCAGUGUGGUGGAAAUCGGAUCAUUCCGUUGUCAACUCGCUCUCCGCUCAUUGAACUUACGCAGUAACAUGCUUCAGCUCGUUCCUGCGGGCGUGUUGUCAGGCUUGACCAACCUCACCCGGCUUGACCUCAGCCACAAUAGACUGGUGGUUCUACUGGACCACGCCUUUCAAGAUUUGCGCAAGUUAGCAUCGCUUGAAGUGGGUGACAAUGAACUUGUUUUCAUCUCUCAGAGGGCCUUCUUGGGAUUAACUGGACUUCUGAGUCUGACACUGGAACGUUCCAACCUCACUGUGGUCCCAACUGAUGCUCUAUCACACUUACACAACCUAGUGGAACUAUCUAUGCGGCAUUUAAGUGUCACUUUUCUGAAGCCUUUCUCCUUCAAGAGGCUAUCACACCUCCGCCGACUCGAGAUUGAUUACUGGCCUUGGCUGGAAACUCUACCCCCUCUCUCGUUGCAUGGCCUCAACCUCACAACCUUAUUCAUAACUAACACUAAUCUUUCUGCCUUCCCCGGUGCAGCUUUGCGCCACCUUCCCUACCUCACACAUCUCAACUUGUCUUUUUGCCGCAUUCAGCAUAUCCAUCAAGGAGAGCUAGGCCACCUCCCGCAUUUGAUGGAGCUUCGUCUCCAAGGGGCUCAGCUUAUUUCUAUUGAGCCCUUUGCAUUUACUAGCCUGAAAUCUUUGAAACUAUUGGAUGUGUCACAAAACCGCCUGGACUCUCUGGAGAGGGGGGUGUUUGCAUCACCAGACAGCCUCCAGAGGCUUUGUCUGGGUGGAAACCCCUUGGUGUGUGAUUGCAGAUUGCUUUGGUUGCUGAAUAGCUACAGGCCCCCUUCCCUGCAUAUUCUUGACCUCCAGCCUGAGUGCAGCGCCCCUGAGCACCUUUUGGGAAAAACUCUGCGUGAGCUCAACGAACCACUGGUCUCCAGGUACAUGACCUGCACCAAGCCUCAAAUCGGACCAAACACAACACAGCUGCUGAUGGCUGAUGAGGGUCAACCAGCCCGCUUGAGCUGCACGGCGGAGGGAGCGCCGCGGCCGUCAGUGGUCUGGAUUACGCCUCACAGACGCUAUGUCACAAGCAAGAGCAGCGGCAGGGUGGAAGUCCAACCAGAUGGCACCCUGGAAAUCAAGGCGGCAGAACUGCAUGACAGCGGGGUGUACUUGUGUGUAGCGAGUAACCCUGCUGGCAAUGCCAGCUUGUCUGCCUCUUUAGCUGUGAAGAGUCUGGGCAUUGGGGACAGAUCUCACAAUAGCAACAGGAGCUCGAAUUCUUUGACAGAAUCCAACAACACUUGGGGGAACGGCACCGUGUUAUACAACAUGACACUCCCCUUAGACAUUAAGACUAUCAUUAUAUCCACAGCCAUGGGCUGCCUGUCUUUCCUAGGUGUAGUCAUCUUCUGCUUCCUGCUUCUGUUCGCCUGGAGCCGAGGGAAAGGACGGCACAAGAGCAACUUUGACAUUGAGUAUGUCCCGCGCAAAUCAAACGGGGCCUCCAAUGAAGUAACAGAAACAAGCGGCCCUCGGCGAGUCAAUAUGAAAAUGAUUUGAAUGUGACCCACACACGACGACAACACCAUGCACACAUAUCAGCUGAAAAAUUGUUUUAUAUGACGCAGUGGAUUUGUGACAAAUGAAAGUGAUGUAUUAAUAUAGUGGCCGUCAAUGAAGGUGAUCUUGUGAUCAUGUGACUAUCAAAGUGAAACCGUGAACGUGUUUAUGAAAUACUGUCCUCAUACAUCGCAUUCAAUAUAAUUCUAUAACCAACAUAUCAAUAUGGGAGUGAUAUAGUGCUGCACUCGGCAUGUGUAUCAGUGGUGAUGUGAUGAGUAAUGAUGUUGUCGACUCGCCGUGACAUCAAGGUGUAAGACAGAGCUACUGGGGGUAACGGGAGAUAUUCAGUGAGCGGCGAUAGCUAUCAUCACUGCAAUAUGUCAGGACUAAAUUGUCAACUACCCAUCCUAGCUGCAGUGUGAAAGGUGUGUGUUGUGUUUGCGUGCACCAGUGUGCGCAUGUUGCAUAUGUGUCUUUCUUUGUGCAUGUGCACGCAUUGCCUUUCUUAUCAUAUGAAAAUGAUGUUCGAAGCAUUUUUCCAGGCCUCUGUUCUUGUUGGAAACAGUUUUGUCACAGGUGAUCAUAUACAGCAUAUUUUUAUGCAAAAUCACACUUGUUAAAUACUAAAGAGUUGGGGUGUAACGGUACGCCAUGGUCACGGUUUUAUAAGAUCACCGCUAAGCUAAAAGAACAAAAUGCAAAACAUAAAACUUGUGAACAACUUUGAAGAUUUUCAUAAUGAAAUGAAAAAAAUGUGAACUCCUGGCAGAUAAAUUAUUUUUUUUACCAAUAUGGUGUGUGUGUUAACUACAAGGACAACAAAGUCCUAAGAAGAACAUAGUGAACCAGGAUUUCAUAAGUUGGUCGACUUACUGGGACCGACAAAGCAAGUUUGACCAUACCAAAUAAUACAUGUCGGUAAAAAUGACUUAAUUCAGUUUUUAGACUCUGCAUAGGAGGCAGUAUGGUGGUUAGUGCUGGUGCCUCACAAUAAGGCAAUCCUGGGCUAGGGGUCUUUCUGUGUGGGGUUUGCAUGUUCUCCCCGUGACUGCAUGGGUUCUCCCCAGGUAGUCCGGCUUCCUCCCACCUCCAAAGACAUGCACCUGGAGAUAGGUUGAUUGACAACACUUAAAUGGCCCUUAUGUGAGAAUAUGAGUGUGACUCUUGUGUAUCAGUUGGCCCUGCGAUGAGAUGGCUACUUGUCCAGGGUGUACGCCGCCUUCCGCCCCAAUGCAGCUGGGAUAGGCUCCAGCUACUCCCGUGACCCCAAGAGGGACAAGCGGUAAAAAAAUGGAUGAAUGGAUGAACUAUGCAUAGGGUCAAUGCAAAACAAACUUUGGGCUGAAAAUGCCCCCCAGACCAUACUUUGAACACAUUUGGUUUACAUUUUCUAUUGACAGUGCAAAAAUGCAGACAAGUGUACAGUGUAUUUGACCUAUGAUUAUUACACUUUGGAAUUUUGAUUAAUCAAAAUGAAUCCCAGUAAAUUACUCGCUUGCAUAGAUUAAAUUAAUAUGCAAAAAUGCAAUGUUAUUGUCAGAAUGUCAUACAGGAACAUUUUUAAAUGUUUGACUUGAAUCCUCUUAAAGAGGCUUUUUGCAAUUUGCUAACAGUUACAUUUGUCAAACUGAAAAAUAUAACAAGAACACCAUUGGCUAGUUAUGUUACCAUUACUGGUUAAUAAGAUAACACAUUUGCUUUAAUACCGUCUAUAAUUUUUACAAUUACUAAGUUUAUGUAAUACAAAUUUUUGCUGACCUGAAAACAAAAGAUUGGUAUUUAUGGAGGUGACUCGCCCUGUCUUGUCUACACGUACGCACAGGGAGGUAAUUUUAUUGUUAUGAUUGAAUAUACAUUUAAUAAUGUGAAAUCAAUUUUAUUAGGUAAAAACACCCAAAGCUAAUCUGCAUGCACGUGUUAUGUACCAACAUGGUUACGUCAUGACAUCCUCGAAGCCGUAAAUGGGUGGGAUAUAGUAUAAGUCUUAAAAUGCACUGGAAAGUUAGCGCAAUCUAUGUAAUUUAAGUUUUAAGUUAUUUCCUCAAAGCUUUUUAACGGUAUUAUUUGAAAUUCCGUUGGGGUGUAUUUUAAAGUGAAAUUUGCAAUCAUUAAGUCUCCUUACUUAUUGCACUGCCGUAUAUGCUCACCGACCGUAUAGCAACUGGUGCCGCCUUUCAGGUAACCAUACGCGGUUCAGGUAAAGGAGCGUAAGCGGACAAAAUGAUCUGUGUUAAUCGUUAAUUAAUGCAAUCUUUUUUUGUGAUUAAUCAUAUAAUUUAACACACUAACUUUGACAGCCCAAUUUUUUGGUUUAUUAUUUUGUUUACAUUGAUAAAAUAUGUAAAUUAAAGCCAGAAAGUGGAAAUUUUCACAAACUGCAAGCUUUAACCAAGAUAGUUUUCAAACUCUAUUUCUCCUUCGCACCAUGCCUAGCCAUGACUCAAGCUAGCCAAAGGCUGGGCUGCAUUGUAAUUGUUUACUGAGUGGACAUGUAACAGCGAGGCACGUUUCAUGUCUCUCAUUUUUAAUGUUUGACGUGUGGAAAAUCGCUUCUGUACCAAACCCGAAGUAUCAUCCCAAACAAUGAAAUUACAAACACAAGUACCGUUACACCUCUACUAACGAGAAAUGCUGCAUACAUUGAGAAAUAGUUCUCCUCGCAGAAUGAGUCUAACAUAUGUGAAAAUAACUAAACUCAAGGGAAGAUUGCAGCUUACUUUAAUGUGAGGUGUUCGCUUUGUCUUGAUCAAAGAGUUACCUUUUCAAGACAGGACAGAGAAAUAACAACACUUUUCGGAGGCGUUAGUACAGGAGCAAAUCUUGCGGCAUGUUAAAGGUGUUUUAUAACACAAUAAGUCACGGCAGUUUUUGUUGCCAGAGAAAAUCCCUUGAUAUGAAAUAAAAGACUCUGCGGUCAGACACAAUGUCAAAGAUUUACUGGAUUUUGCCCUCUUUGGCACAAGACAAAGUUAAGCCUCACAAAUUUAUAGCUUAAAUUUCCCCACAUUUUUUUUUUUUUUUUUUUUAACCCACUUCUCCAAUUCCUUCCCACGGCACGAACGGGCUCUGGCUAUUUAAAUAGGUGUCAAUUUCAAAUUUGUAGUGAGAUAUCUUGUAUUGUUAUGUGGAUUUGUUUGCAAAUAUUUCAAUGUCUGGGUUGGGGCGGGUGAUUUGUAUGGCAGGGAUGAACGGGUUUCUUUGUGUGAUUCUGUUGUGAUUAAAAAAAAAGUUCAAGGUUGUGUAAUUGUUUUCAUAGGACAAAUUUAUGGGUUAUUUUCAAAAGAAAAUAAAUAUUAAACAUAAACCCUUGAAACUGGCAUUGUAUUUGAAAUGAUGCCUUAAGUAAGGGUAGGCCGAACAAUGUGGCUGGGCUAUGUUUACAUCUGCUACCGGUCUAUCACGGAGGGUGUGUUAGUCGAUCGCCAGCCAGGCAUUAAGAAAUAGACCUAAAAAUUAGCGAUCAUCAAUCUUCACUAUGACUUCACUUUCAUCACUUGAUUGACAUUCACGGCACCCAAGUGUCUUGUGAGAUGACACUGGUUGCAGCAAGAUCAUUAUUAAGAAUAAAUGACCGACUGGAGGGCGAGAAACACUUUUUAUUUAAACAGAAUUUUGCGCUGCACCUGCUGUAAAAACUCGAAAGACCGACUGCACAGUUCCUGUCUUCACAAUAAAAGCGCUGCUUCAUCCUGCCUGCGCUAACAAAAUAAGAGUCUAGGGAAGCUAGUGCGCACAAGCUAGUAAGCUAAGGAGUUUGUCACCAAUGUAUUUCUUGUAAAGUGUAUAAAAACGAAUAUGGAAGCUGGACACAUAAGAUGACAACAACCAACCACUUUCAUGUGGUAUUGGACAGAAAGAAGGAUUUUUUUUUCUCCUCGUUUGAAAAUGCGGAUGUUAUCAAUGCAAGUCAUCAGAAUCAGGUAAUACACCAACUUAUAUUAUUGUCUUCUUGAAAGAAAGGAAUGUUAAACAUGCUUGAAUUUUCAUUAAACACCUUUAACUUGCUAACAAAAAUAUCUCUUUCAUAAAUGCAUAAAUAUAAAUUAUAUAUAUGAAUGAGGUAGAUUCCCUCGAUUUGGUCAAGUGAGAAGUAACUUCGCAUGCAUAAAACGUUUGGGCAUCCCUGGUUUAGAGCAAUGGCUGGCUUAGAACAUUCGUCUCUUAUGCCGUAGAACCCAGGUUUGAGUCCCUGGUGGAACAGAAGCAGUGACUAAACCAAGUGCUUUAGUAUUAGUUCUAUGAGUAACAUCAAUUUCAAGCUGUACUUUGUGUAUUGAAUUGAUUUGCAUUAAUAGUAUAUUAGCGAGGAGUGGGCAAAUUUUGGUAUUACCGAUAUUGAUAUAUAUCUUAUUUGCCUACUGUACAUACAGUAUUACCUCAACUUACGAGGUUAAUUGGUUCUGUGACUGAGUGCAUCACUCAAAACACUUGUAUCUCAAAUAAAGUUGUCCAUUGAACACGAAUGAAAUCAAUUGGUGCUUGGUCCCACCAAACAACACAAUUUGACAUGUUACGUGCCUUUACAAAAAACUUUUAGAUAGGAAAUAUUGGAAAAAAACAAUACAAUAGAAUCUACUACUAACAAUUACAGUAAUUGUAUUGCGUAAUUAACAAUAACGUACAGAGUGUGCCUCUAUUCCAGCUGCUUCUUCAUCAAACACACCAUCAGCUACUUUUCCAUAUGUUCAUCAAUAUCCUUCUUCACCACUGUCUUCCUCCCACACUUAGAAAAAAAAUAUGAUGUCCAUCUUUAGCUGCUGUAUACGCUAAUGCUAGCAAGUAAGACAAGAUGUUUUGGUCGGAUCUUACGGGUUUCAAUGUGACAUUUUCUAUGCCAAAUAAUGGUCAUAUUUCAAAUAUUUGCUUGCAACUUAAAGCAUAAUAACUAUCCUCAAAUACUCUUAAAUUGAGCGCCCUUGUAUUAUUCAAAAUGUAGUUUUUUUAAUCAAUUAGUGUUUUACCAUUGUUGACCCUGAUUAGAAUCAGAAUAAAACACAGCCAAACAAAACAAAUGUAUAGGUAUUUUGAAUCCCAUUUAGCAUAUUUUAACCUGCUGAACAAUAUAACAGGAAAUUUAUAAAACAAUACAGUAUACCACGGGUCGGCAACCCAAAAUGUUGAAAGACCAAAAAUAAACAAUCUGUGUGGAUCCGCAAAAAAUUCAAAGCCUUAUAUAAGUGUAAUAAUGAAGGCAACACAUAAUGUAAGUGCCUAUAUUAGCUAUAUUACCCUACUAUAAAAGGCUGACGCAAAUAUUUGUUGACAGAAAUGUAAUUAAAUUUUUAUUCUACACAUUUUUGCAACAUUGGAAAUCAUUAGUAAAAUGGAUGCUUCUCACAGGAUGAGAUAACUUCUGGAAAUUACUGGCUCAGAAUGGCCAAAGGUAUAGAUGUGUAUAUCCAAGUUUAAGGAAAUGGCAGGUUGUCUUCUUCUAAAGGAUUCAUUACAAUCUUUGCAAGCUAGGUAAUGUUUGCUGUGGUCUGGAACAACAUGGCACACAAGCAACAAUCAGAAAUGCAGCCAAGAUUACAUACAGAUAAUGUGUCAUGAGACGUGCAAAUAUAAAUUAAAUACACAGAGGACAUAAGUAGAGGAAAUUAAAUGAGUUAAAAUAUACCUACAAAUGAGGGAUAACAAUGCAGUAAGUACAUACAGCUAACCUAAAUAGUAUUUUAGCAUUGAUUAGCUUGCAGUCAUAUAUUGACCGAAUAACAUCAACAAAGCUCACCUUUGUGCGUUCACGCACAUCAUAAAAUAUUUGGUGGACAAAAUGAGACAAAGAAGGAGUGGCACAAAACACAUCUAUAGUUGUACAUGUAAACAAACUACGAUGACUUUAAAGAUCACUGAAAUUAGUAGGACAAAACGGUGCUUGCCAAAUAGUCUCUUCAGUGAAGCAUGUAUAACAUAAACAGAGGGAUUUCUAACAAUUAGGCAGGCGUGUGUCAUGUUUAUUGUCCUACAGAAAAUAUAUUAAAACAAAAAAAUAUACAGUAUUUUUCUUCAUCUUUUUCCAUUUUCACACAUCUCUGAAAGAGGUCCAGGGAGCCACUAGGGCGGCGCUAAAGAGCCAGUAUACUGUAAGACAAUGCAAAAUAAUACAGAUAUCCCCUUACGCUAUAUUUUGUUUGAGUAAAAUUAUAUUGACAUUGCAAAAUAAAUAAACAAAAGCAAAAACAAGUAUGGGCUCUCAGUCGUUCUGUGUAUAAAACCUUACCUGAAUUUGCAAACAAUUCAUGGGAUUCAAUGAUUCUUUGUCGUCAACUAUUCCAUACAUGCAUGACACAUGGAAGAAUUAAAGAGCCGUCUCUUUUUCACCUGUACUCUGGUGUAAAUUUCCAGAGUCGAGAGCGAGUGGCCUCUGCAUCCAAGCUCGCCGCCAAACACCUUGUUGGAUCAAAGACCAGAAUAGGAAAAAUUACAUAUCAAAGAGAUGCUAAAAUAUUGUCUUUACAAAAAAAACACAAUUCCUCAGAAAAACCACUCAAGUCCAGAUAGGGGAAAAAAAAACGCACUGACUGAUUUAUUUAUUUAAAUAAAGUCCCAGAGACAAGAUCAACAGUACAAAGAAGAUAUUUGUGAAAAUAAGCAGAAGACAAUUGAAAAAUAUCAAUCUCAUCACACUAAUAUUGGUAUUUGGAUCGAUCCGUCUACCCUUAAUAUUAUCCUUAAGAAUAUUUCUGUCUUUUCUCCUAGAUCCACCACAGUGCAUGAAUCCACUUCUCUCCACUACUUCUGAAUGUUCUUGGAAAAGGUCUUUUUUUUUUGCAUUUGUCUUUGAAAUCCUUUGAGAAAAACCAAAGUUGCUGCUGCUGUAAGUAACACAUAAAGACACAAUAAACAUUUUUAAUAGGUGUGCUUUUAUAAGUUGUAUUCACCAAACGUGACGUCCGGCUCGUUAAAUAUGGGAGACUCGAAGUAGUGGUCAAGUGAGUGUCUGUUGUCUAGGUGUUCCGAAUAGCAUCUUGCCAUUAAAAAAAAAAACCAAAAAAACCCCUAUUGUUGUUUUAGGCAGUUAAAACUGUUCAAAUGGCGAAAAGGAUAAAAGCUUCUUUAGGCUUCCUCAAGAGGAAAUUAAGAAGGGCGAAAUAGGGCAAGAUUUUACAACAUGUAAUUUGCGUCUUAUAUGUGACCAUAGGAUGAACAAAUAUAUUAUGGUACUAAGAAUAUAGUGGUCAAAACAAUUAGUUUUAUAGCAAAUGUGCCCAAAGUGCGGCACAGGGACCAUUUGUGGUCUGUGACUCCUCUGUCAUUGUUCCUAGGCACUUUACAAAAUACAAAAACAACAUAAAAUGAAAAAAAAUUCAACUUCAGCAAAAAUGGGAAAAACAGCAAGAAGCACAAUGGGGAAAAAACAAAAUGUUGACAACAGUCAAUAUAAAUAAUAUUUUUUGUUAUUCCCCCCUCGGAAGAAGAAAAUAACCCCCACCAUGCCCACUCUCCACCGUGACAAUAAACAGUAAAAUUUGCCUUUAAAAUUGUUGUAAGUAUACCUCUGCAUAACAUUGUAAGCUUAUUAACUUUAAAGGAAACAACACACCGGUCUUUUCUUGUUACAGUGACGCCAAGGGCUACAUAAACUUCAUCAUAUUGCGGUACGGUGGUGUUUAUAGGUAUGUUCCCCGAGGUCACAGGCGACCCCCCCGCCAUGCCGAGCCCGGCAUCGCACUGCGCCCCAUUAGGGGGGCCCGUUCCACUAGUCAGGUUUUUUUCAUUCAAAAGGCACACCGGAUUAUAAGGCGCAUUAUUCAUAUUAUAUAUUUUUUUUUAUAAGUUGAAAACACUUCCUUGUGGUCUACAUAACAUGUAAUCGUGGUUAUUUGGUCAAAAUGUUGCAUGGAUUAUGUUUUACAGACCAUCUUCAUGUCACUUUCUGACAGUUGCUUCAGGGUGCGUUGUUUUGUGGGCGGCCUUAUGUACGUGGUUCACCUUCGCAGGGGUCUCUUCCCGUAAUCUUUGUUGUUGCAGUGUAGCGUGCAUGGAUGGGAGUGGAAGAAGUGACAAAAGAUGGAGCUAUCUGUUUUAAUGACAUUCAAACUUUACUCUAAUCCAGUGGUUCGUAACCUUGGUUCGAUCGAACCCUAGGGGUUCAGUGAGUCCGCCUCAGGGGUUCGGCGUAACCUCCGCCACGGAGGUAAAGACACAUUCGACUUUUCGUGUAAAUAAGUUCUCCCUAUCAGCGUAUUAUGGAUACCCCGAAACAAUUUUCCCUCUAAUUUUGCAUCUGAUUUGCAGGUUGUUUGAUUGAUCUAUUUGAAACUUUUACUAGCAGAUUGCAAAGAAAGAGAAUACAUUAUAUGAAACAGUACAGUUUACACAGUUCAGUACAUAUUCCGUACAAUUGACCACUAAAUGGUAACACCCAAAUAAGUUUUUUAACUUGUUUAAAUCGGGGUCCACGUUAAUCAAUUCAUGGUAAUGUGUUUAAGGUGUGUAAUUUGUUGUGAGUUCAUGCAUUGUGUUGGUUUUGUUCUUUGAACAAGGUGAUGUUCAUGCAUGGUUCAUUUUGUGCACCAGUAAAAAAAAUAUAACUUUUUCUUGAAUAUGAAAAAAAUAAAAAAUAAUAAUUUUUCACUAAAGAAGGGUUCGGUGAAUGCGCAUAUGAAAGUGAUGGGGUUGGGUACCUCCAACAAGGUUGAGAACCACUGCUCUAAUCAAUAACAGAGCACCAUCUCCUCAGUUCACUAGUGCAACAAUAGUGAAAAACCCGUCUGACCGGAACUUUCUAAUUACUAAAGUUACAUGAGUGAAUUAUCUAAACCCCAGUUUUAGCACUUGCAUAGUGAGAUACAAGUUAGAACAUUACGCUACUUCAUACUAUAAAUGGCAACAGCGGAGGAUAAGUGCCCGAUAACAAAAAGCUCAAUCAAUCAAUCAAUGUUUAUUUAUAUAGCCCUAAAUCACAAAUGUCUCAAAGGACUCUACAAACCACUACG